UUCCUAUAUAUAUAAGCAAAAAUAAAAAGCCCACAAUUUACAAAUAUUUUCUAUUUUCUCUUCUUCUUCAUGUUAAUCGAUCCUCAAGGAGAAUAUUCCCUUCUCCGAAAGAGAAAAUACCCAUCAAUUCCUCAGUGCAACAUGGAAGAGCAACCAAAUAUGGUGAAUGUGACUGUUAUAUGGAGAGGAAACAAGUAUAUGGUGGAAAUGGAUUCUAAUGCGAAUCUCAAGGAGCUAGGCGAUGAGUUGCAGAAGUUGACUGAUGUCAAGGCGGAUACCAUGAGCCUCAUUGUUCCUCAAUUUUCGGGAAAAGGCUCGAGAAUGCUUCACCCUUUCUCGGAUGAGCAUUCAUCCUUGAGCUUGCAAGAGGCUUCAAUUUUCACGGGAAAAUCGGUCAGAAUGAUGGGGGCUCCUCAGGAUGAAGUUGACCGAGUUAUUCAAUAUUCAAAAGUGGACCAGAGAAUAAUUGGAUUCAGUGAAGAAGAAAGGAGACUAAGGCAGCGAAUGUUAGAUGGACCCUCCCGUGUUUCGAUAAGACUUCCUCAAGGGCCUUAUAUCUUUUGUGAUUUCCGCACUCUUCAACUUCCAGGAGUAGAGUUACACCCUCCUGCUUCUGAGGCAUUAAGAAGGAUGCAUAUGCUUGCUUCAGACCCUGGAAUCAUUGCUGUCAUGAAUAAGCAUCAAUGGCGUGUGGGAAUAAUGACUGAGAUGGCUCCCAUUGGUUAUGUUGGUGUGAGUCCCAAAUGCAUUCUAGGUUUUAAUAAGAAUCAUGGGGAAGAGAUAUCUCUCCGUCUUCGAACUGAUGACCUCAAAGGAUUCAGGAAAUAUGAGAGCAUAAAGAAAACUCUUCUACACGAACUUGCUCAUAUGGUAUUUUCUGAACAUGAUUCAAAUUUUUACGCCCUGGAUAAACUGUUGAAUGAAGAAGCUGCUAGCCUAGACUGGACCAAAUCCAGGGCCCACACUUUAAGUGGAAUCAGACAUUCAGAUAACUCUGAAGAAGAUUAUUAUGUUGAAAAUGGCAGAAAUUCUCAGAAAGUUGGUGGAAAUGUGUCAACUUUGCUGGAAAAUGCUCGUGCCUCUGCUGUGGCUGCUGCUUAUCAUCGUCUAAUAAACACUUCUUCCAAUGUGGAAGCAUCCAAAACACAUGAUGAGUCAGACCCUGAUGAUCCCGUGUUGGAUAUGCAUGAUGGAGAUGAAAAUCUAGAUAUUCAAAGUCAAAUUAGGGCUCAGGGUAAACAUGCUUAUGAACCCGAUCCUGAUGAUCUUUCUGACAAUCAAAACAAGUUUGAACCUGAUCCAGAUGAUUUGCUGCGUGGUGAAACUCUACAACUGAAACAUCAUUCUGAUCCUGCUCAAAACGAUUCUCAGACAACUCUGGGGAAGCCAGAAGCCAUGAGUUCAAGUGAAGAGCCUGAUCUUGAUGAUUCAGGCGCAUUUUCAAGUUCUGAAAAUGUAGUUGAAUCUGUGGCGAUGCUGAUUCCGGACACCAAGGUUCAGAGAAGUGAUAUCAUAGAUGAACCAGAUCCUGAUGACAGAGACGCACAAUCCAAGAUUUCAGGAUUUGCAAACGGAGGACGUCAUGAUCCUCAUCAUAACAUAACAAUUGAAACCUUGAAAGAUCAAGCUCAUAAAGAACCCGGCCCUGAUGAUGCUAAAGCAAAUGAAAUAGCAGAAGCAGAGCCUCAUUCAGAUGAUAGGUUAUUGCCACCAUUGGGAAUAUCUGAUAUGAAAAUUGAUGAGCCAAAUCUGGAUGAUCAAGAACUACAAAGAAUCCAAGACUCUGUGACUGGUGUUUGUAGCCAUCUACAGAAUGCCAUUGAGAUGUUACGAGCUGAAGUUAAUCCCACAGAGGCAACUGUUGUUCUGCAAACUCUUUUUAAGAUCAUUAGGAAUGUGAUUGAACACCCAGAUGAAAAGAAAUUUAGAAGACUCCGGAAGGCCAAUCCUAUAAUCCAAAGAAACGUUGCAAAUUACAAAGCGGCCAUGGAAAUUCUUCUCUUGAUUGGUUUCAGUGAAGAUGUUACACUGGACGAAACUUACAUAGCGUUAAAGCGGAAUGAUCCUGGUCUUUUAUGGCUUGCCAUGUCCUCCCUCGAAACAUAUAUUGCUUGCUAGUUUUAUCAUAAACCUCUGAUAUGUGUUAAUAUAGACAUUCAAAAUGGUGAAGAAAUUACAUGAACAGAUACAGAUAUAGAUACAGGAUUGGGUAUUUCUGUUGUAAUAAUUUCAGAAAUGUUUUGUAAAGAAAGAAUUUGGGUUGGAAUCAAUGAUUUAAUUUUUUUAAUGAA